AGCAGGAAGUGAAGCUGAUUGGCUGAAUUUGAAUGAACUUCCUUCUUUCAGAGUUUCUCUUCCUCAAAAUCUCUAUAUGAGAAUCAAAUUGUCUUCAUGUCUUCACUAAACUCAAACAGCUUCACAAACACAGACAAGAUGCUGAUAAUAUUCAUCAAUCUCUUCACUCUUCUCUCAUGUGUCAGUUCAGCUAAAGUUGUCACACAAAAACCCUCAAUACUGACAGAAGAAAAAGGAAAAUCUGUGACUAUGGACUGUAAUGUAGCAGUGGAUUAUACUGAUGUUUCUUGGUAUAAACAGCUUCCAAAUGCAGCUCCUCAGUUUGUGUUGAGAUACCAUCAUUCUUAUAGCUCUCCUACAUAUGGUGACAGUUUUUCAUCCAGCCGUUUCACAUCUAAAGCUCAGUCAAAGAUUGACUAUCAGCUGAUCAUCAGUAAUGUAGAUGUAAAAGAUUCAGCUGUGUAUUACUGUCAGACAUAUGACGGCUCUGCUAGUGAGUACGUAUCACAGUAUCUGAAAUCUAUCACUGUGGUAUUCGGACAAGGAACAAAACUCAUUGUGACCGAUUCAGGUGUUUCUCCUCCUGUUGUGAAGAUUUUGCCUCCAUCCAGUGAAGAUGUGAGCUCCAGUAAAGUGACUCUGGUGUGUUUGAUCAAUGACAUGUCUGUGGGAUUUGCUGAUGUGAGUUGGUUUGUGAAUGGAAACUCAGUUACUGAUGGCGUCUUCACUGGAUCUGCUGAACAGCAGCCGAAUGAGAAAUUCAAGUUGAGCAGUUAUUUAACCAUUGAGAGAUCAGAGUGGGAGAAAGACAAAGAUCUCACAUGUAAAGUGACUGCUGCUGGAUCAAAGAUCAUAACCACAAAGAUCAAGAAAUCUCAAUGCAAUUAAUAAAUGCAAAGUAUAUUGCCUUGUCCUUGUUUUUGUACACUGUAAAAAUACUUUGCUGCCUUAACAUUUUUUGUUAAAUCAAUUCAGAUUUACAAGUCAUGUCAAAAGAAAUGAGUUGUUACAACUUAUAAAAUAUAGUUGAGAAAAGUCAACUUAAUUUUACAAGUUAUAACAACUCACCUGUAGUUAUAACAACUCAUCUUUAGUCAAGAUAAAUAAUAGUAAGUUGAAAUGACUUGUAAAUCCAAGUUGAUUCAACAAACAUUUUUAAGGCAGCAAAGUAUUUUUUACAUUGUAGUAUUUUUUUAUCAAAAACAAAGAUAUAGGCAAUAUUAAAGAAUUAA